AAACACAACUUGGAUACUGACAACAAUUCUCGCCGAAUUUCGGGUUGUGUAGUGUAGUGAAAUAAAUUGUGCUUCGAUAGUUUUAUCCCCAACGCAAUCAACCGCUAUCAAAUAUCGAGCAGCGAUGUUGUGCAGACUUCUCGUGCUUUCCAUCAUACCACUGGCGACUGUGCUAAUUAAUUCAAGUAACACCUGGACCGCCCGGGGAUGCGUUGAUCUAGAUUCUGCCACGUUCGACAAGGUGGUAUCGAAAUUCCGCUACAGUUUGGUAAAGUUUGACACGGCCUUCCCUUAUGGGGACAAGCACGAAGCGUUCACAAAGCUGGCCCAGGAAACCGUCGACCUGACCGACGAUCUGCUGUUCGUGCUGGUCGGCAUUAAAGACUACGGCGAGCAGGACAACACCGACCUAGGGCGGCGGUUCAACAUUCCGAAGGAGUACCCGGUCAUAAAGCUGUUCGCGGGUGACCGCCUAACCGAGCCGAUAGACUUUCCCGUCGAACUCGCCGUCACGGAGGAAAACUUGCGCAUGUUUCUGAAGCGCAACACCGAUCUGUACAUCGGGCUGCCCGGGUGUGUGCAGAAGCUGGACGAGUACGCCCAUGCGUUCAUGAAGACAGCGGACGCAAAUGAGAGGACGAAAAUCAUUGCCCAAAUCGAAAACCUCGACACGGAUGAAACGGUGCGCGAACAGUAUCAAAAGUCCUACCCAAUGUAUGUGUCGCUGAUGCGGAAGAUAGAAAAGUCGGACAAACACCCCGAGGACGUGAUCACCGAUGAACUCAAGCGCGUGGAAAAGCUGCUGAAGGGAAAGCUAAGUGACGCUAAAAAGGCGGAAUUAUCGCUACGCACAAACAUCAUGCUUUCGUUCAUUGCUGCUAAGAAAAAAACACAAAAUUCUCAUGAUGAUCUUUAAACUAAAUAAAACGGAUUCAGAUACCUACAAGUGAGCGAAAACAAAGCGAUGUGUCAAUGCUAAGCACCAAUCCGUGCGGACGAAAAUUUACCAGAAAUUUG